UACGGGCGGGGGCAGUUUUGGUGAAAGUGACACUCCCAGGUGCUUCCCAGGUACUGAGCUGUGGGAUUGGCCCGGAGGCACCUGAAGGAACAAGAGAGGGGCAACAAGGAACUGGCUUGCAGGGGGGUAAGUAUCCCCAGUACCCAGGGAAGCGCUGAGCCGGCCGGACCCCGGGAACGAUCUCUAGACUCACCGGCCGGACCCCGGAGAACAAUCUCUAGACUCACCGGCCGAACCCCCCAGGAACGACCUCUAGACUCACCGGCCGGGCCCCCCGGGAACGAUCUCUAGACUCGCCGGCCGAACCCCCGGAAUGAUCUCUAGACUCACCGGCCGGACCCCGGAGAACGAUCUCUAGACUCACCGGCCGGGCCCCCCGGGAACGAUCUCUUGACUCACCGGCCGAACCCCCGGAACGAUCUCUGGACUCACCGGCCGGGUACCCUGCAAUGUCUGUGGGCACCAUAAGGCCCUCUGGGGUGGGAGCCCCUCUGCCCCCAGUAAUGCCCCUCCGUAUCCGCAACAAGGGGCCCGAGUACUUCCGGCGGCCAGCUGGGGGCGCCGGGGGCAAACCGAGCGCAGUGGAGAGGCUGGAGGCCGACAAACUGAAAUAUGUGAAGAGCAAACAGGUGGCCAGUACCAAACAGGAGCCGGUCCGACCGGCGCUGAGCAAGCAGCCCCUCUUCUCUCCCGGGGUGCAACGGGUGCUGCUCACCCCAAACCGCCGGAUGCCCCCAGCCGCCCUGCGCCUCUCCAGCCCCAACAACUCCCUGAACCUGGAUGUACUGACCAAGCUGAUUAAUCUCUGUGACAGCCCAUUAAAGUCUCCCCGGGGGGAAGUGGCCCCCUGGCAGGCAAAGAAAGAGCCCCCAAACCCAUCAAGUACCCCAAAUAGCCCUCGGACCCCCAGCACAGCAGCAGUGCGAAGAGUAGACGUGAAGCCUAGGGAAGCCCUGCCCCCCGCCCCAGGGACCCCUCUGUCUCCUUCCAGCCCCCUCUGCUCCCCCAGUGACUCGGGCAAGAGACGAUCCCAGCUGCAGCGCUCUAAGUCUGACCUGAGUGACCGCUUCUCCCGGGUCAGCGCCAACCUUGAGCGCUUCUUCAAUUACUGCGGCCUGGACCCCGGGGAGGUGGGCAACAUUGGGGCAGAGCACUUUGCCUGUGCCAGCUCCGACAUUGCCAAGUUCCACAGCGUCAGUUCCUCUGGGUCUGAGUGUGCCCAGUCGCAGUUCAGCGAGACCGCGGGGGAGGAGACGCCGGCCGCCCGCUUGCCCUAUGGCAUCUCCGUCAUUGAGCGCAAUGCCCGGGUCAUUAAAUGGCUGUACGGACUGAAACAAACCAUAGAGAGCCAAAAACUGCCACCGACACCGGGGAAGGAAAGGCCUGUGUUACCCUGAGAUACUGGUUGUUUCCAAGCGAGUAGUGUUAGUUAUAGUUCUGCACUUGUGCCACUCCUGCACCCCAUUAUGUACCUGUGUGGGACUGUGCCACUCCUGCACCCCAUUAUGUACCUGUAUGGGACUGUGCCACUCCUGCACCCCAUUAUGUACCUGUAUGGGACUGUGUGACUCCUGCACCCCAUUAUGUACCUGUAUGGGACUGUGCCACUCCUGCACCCCAUUAUGUACCUGUAUGGGACUGUGCCACUCCUGCACCCCCCUAUGUACCUGUACGGGACUGUGCCACUCCUGCACCCCAUUAUGUACCUGUAUGGGACUGUGCCACUCCUGCACCCCAUUAUGUACCUGUGUGGGACUGUGCCACUCCUGCACCCCAUUAUGUACCUGUGUGGGACUGUGCCACUCCUGCACCCCAUUAUGUACCUGUGUGGGACUGUGCCACUCCUGCACCCCAUUAUGUACCUGUGUGGGACUGUGCCACUCCUGCACCCCAUUAUGUACCUGUAUGGGACUGUGCGACUCCUGCACCCCAUUAUGUACCUGUAUGGGACUGUGCCACUCCUGCACCCCAUUAUGUACCUGUAUGGGACUGUGCCACUCCUGCACCCCAUUAUGUACCUGUAUGGGACUGUGCCACUCCUGCACCCCAUUAUGUACCUGUAUGUGACUGUGCCACUCCUGCACCCCAUUAUGUACCUGUGUGGGACUGUGCGACUCCUGCACCCCAUUAUGUACCUGUGUGGGACUGUGCCACUCCUGCACCCCAUUAUGUACCUGUAUGGGACUGUGUGACUCCUGCACCCCAUUAUGUACCUGUACGGGACUGUGCCACUCCUGCACCCCAUUAUGUACCUGUACGGGACUGUGCCACUCCUGCACCCCCCUAUGUACCUGUAUGGGACUGUGCCACUCCUGCACCCCAUUAUGUACCUGUACGGGACUGUGCCACUCCUGCACCCCCCUAUGUACCUGUAUGGGACUGUGCCACUCCUGCACCCCAUUAUGUACCUGUAUGGGACUGUGCGACUCCUGCACCCCCCUAUGUACCUGUGUGGGACUGUGCGACUCCUGCACCCCAUUAUGUACCUGUGUGGGACUGUGCGACUCCUGCACCCCAUUAUGUACCUGUACGGGACUGUGUGACUCCUGCACCCCAUUAUGUACCUGUAUGGGACUGUGCCACUCCUGCACCCCCCUAUGUACCUGUAUGUGACUGUGCGACUCCUGCACCCCAUUAUGUACCUGUAUGGGACUGUGCCACUCCUGCACCCCAUUAUGUACCUGUAUGGGACUGUGUGACUCCUGCACCCCAUUAUGUACCUGUAUGGGACUGUGCCACUCCUGCACCCCAUUAUGUACCUGUGUGGGACUGUGCGACUCCUGCACCCCAUUAUGUACCUGUGUGGGACUGUGCCACUCCUGCACCCCAUUAUGUACCUGUAUGGGACUGUGUGACUCCUGCACCCCAUUAUGUACCUGUAUGGGACUGUGUGACUCCUGCACCCCAUUAUGUACCUGUAUGAGUGUAGGAGUCUGGCUCUGUCUGUUCCUGAAUGGGAUUGUGGGAUGCCAUUGCACUGCUCUGACUGAAGGGGGUACAUUAUAAUGGGGGGUACAUUGUUAUGGGGGUGGUUACACGUGUUGCUGUUAGUAGAUUUCUCUGUUGGUUCUGCAAUAAAUGAGCCCAAUGUGGGA